AUGUCUGACCCGCAAGUACUUGUUCAAAGAGCUCAGAAAAAGGCUCAACCUUCGUCAGGAUUCCUUAAGCUUUUUGGAGCUUCUGACUCCUACAAAUACGAAGAGGCGGCUGAUCUUUACAUAGAGGCCGCGAAUCUUUAUAAACUGCGCAAGGAGUUGGAAACAGCGGGUGAUUUGUUUCUGCAAGCUGCUGCGUGCCAGAUCAAAGCCCAAAACGAUGAUGAAGCCGGAAACACAUUUGUGGAGGGUUUCAAGGCGUUCAAAGCCGGCUCAUCACCCACAAAGGCUUGUGAAGCUCUUCACAAGGCUAUAGAUAUCUUCACACGCAGAGGACAAUUCAGGAGAGGCGCCAAUUUCAAGUUUGAGCUUGCUGAGAUCUUGGAGGGAGAUCUCCACGACUACUCGCAAGCAGUGACCGCGUACGAGGCUGCAGCCGACUGGUACGCCCAAGAUCAAGCUCUGGCACUUGCAAACAAAGCUUACCUGAAAUGUGCCGACCUGCAGGCUCUGGAUGGCCAUUAUAUCGAGGCUUGUGACGUUUAUAGGAAAGUCAUUGCCAACUCCGUUGGCAACAAGCUCAGUCAGUGGUCUCUUAAAGAGUAUUUUCUGAAGACUGCACUAUGCUAUUUGGCCGCUGAUGACCAGGUAGCCGCACAGAGAACUGUAGCGGAAGCGCAAGAACAAGAUUCGAACUUCUCCGGGUCGCGCGAGCACGAACUGAUCAGUGCGCUUCUCGAGGCCUGUGCCGAAGGUGAUUCCGAGAAACUCAGCGCUAAAGUCUACGAGUUCGAUCGCUUUUCCAAGCUUGACAAGUGGAAGACUACUAUACUCUUGAAAAUCAAAGACUCCAUUGCAGCUGCAGAUGACGAUUUGUUGUAA